AUGAAGAAACAGACAAUAACCGAUAAGAAAGAAAAGAAUAUGGAAACCGAAGUUAUAACUACACCAGCAGAAAACCUCUCAAAUUUAGUUCAAGUGAAUGAGAAUGAUAUAUCGGCAGCAAGUGAGGGAAAUCAAGACAACAGUGUGAUAACAGCACCGAUAUCAACUCAAGAAGCUCAAAACGAUAAUGGCCAACCCAGCAGUUCUACCAAUGAUUCAGUUGACACAUCUGAAAAUAAUGAGGCGAUAGUAAGUCAUGUGAACAGGAGUUAAAGCCUUUUCCGCAUUGAGAAGCCUAAAAUGCCAAUAUUUCUGGUGACGUCAGAGAAUAUGGGACGUUCAAAUCUGACUUCAAACAUCUGGUUGAAAGUAGAUAUAGCAAGCGAGAUGAGAUAACCAUUUUAGGAUCUUGUCUACAAGGAAAAUCACUCGAAAUGAUAAAGGGAAUUGGCCAAGAAUAUGAUGCUGCAUGGGAAUAUCUGGAAGCAGUCUAUGGGGACACCAGAUUUGUAGCCGACAUUAUUACACAAGAUAUCUCCAAGUUUAAGCCCAUGAAAGAGGGAGAGGACACCUGA